UUAGAAAAGUGGAGAGUGUGUGUGGAUAAUCGAUGAUCUCGUUGUGUUUUGUUAUCGUUUGCAUUUUUUACGACCCACCAGUGUUUGUCUUCAGCAUAGGAUAUCAAGAAAUCUAUUGAUUGAGCAAAAUGUUUUGACUUGUCUAUAGCGAUAUAUAGGGCAUUGGGUUGCAAUUGCUAAAUACGUCCCGACAACUACAUUUGUGUAAAGGGGAAGUAGCCUACGAUAUGUCAAACCGUAUUUAACUUCGUUCUCUUGUCUGGUGAACUAGACAUUAGUCAAACCGGGGAGAACAGUUGUAGCGAGAUUAUCAUUAUUUUCAAGGCAAUGUUUCGAUAUUGGAAGAAUUUAUUUAUAAAAUACACAUCGAAUAACGACCGAGGCGCUAGAAUGGACAACGCUGGGUUUUGCAACGAGACCUAUGAAAGCCUUCACAACCCGGCAAGCGAUGAUGAGUUGGUCGAUAUAGCUGGAGCCACGCUCGAUUUCUCCAACACGGAGGACGUGCCACCUCUCGACCCCGAAUACGGCUCAGGCUACGGUACUACCGGAUACUCUAAUGGUAUGACCGGUAACGGUAAGCUGAUGGACCUACUAGACGAGCCGGUACCGGGGGUAGGGACCUACGAAGACUUCAAUACCAUCGACUGGGUCAGAGAGAAGAGCAAGGACCGCGACCGCCACAGAGAGAUCACCAGUAAGAGUGAGCAGUCUACCUGGGCCCUGCUCCACAGCAUCAGUGACGCCUUCUCCGGCUGGCUCCUCAUGCUGCUCAUAGGACUCUUGUCAGGUGCUCUAGCAGGCUGUAUAGACAUCUCGGCUCACUGGUUAACAGACCUGAAGGAGGGUGUGUGUCUGUCUGGCUUCUGGUUCAACCAUGAACACUGCUGCUGGGGCUCAAACCAAACCACCUUUCAAGAGAGGGACAAGUGUCCUCAGUGGCAGAGCUGGGCUGAACUGCUGGGUGGUAGCUCAGAGGGGGCAGCAGCGUACAUAGUCAACUACUUGAUGUUCAUGUUGUGCGCUCUACUGUUCUCCUUCCUGGCUGUCAUUCUGGUCCGGGCCUUCGCACCUUACGCCUGUGGAUCAGGAAUACCAGAGAUAAAGACCAUCCUUUCUGGGUUCAUCAUUAGAGGCUACCUGGGGAAAUGGACCCUUAUCGUCAAGACAAUUACCCUGGUCCUGGCUGUCUCUUCUGGUCUCAGUCUUGGAAAGGAAGGACCCCUGGUCCAUGUAGCAUGCUGCUGUGCCAACAUCCUCUGUCAUCUGUUCACAAAGUACCGACAGAACGAAGCAAAACGACGAGAGGUGUUAUCUGCAGCUGCAGCAGUGGGCGUGUCUGUGGCCUUUGGCGCACCUAUAGGAGGAGUGCUGUUCAGUCUGGAGGAGGUGAGCUACUACUUCCCUCUGAAGACUCUGUGGAGGUCGUUCUUCGCUGCGUUGGUGGCAGCCUUCACUCUCCGUUCCAUCAACCCGUUCGGUAACAGCCGACUGGUCUUGUUCUACGUAGAGUUCCAUACCCCCUGGCACAUGGUGGAGCUGGUCCCGUUCAUCCUGCUGGGCAUCUUCGGUGGCCUCUGGGGGGCGCUCUUCAUCAGGGCUAAUAUCGCCUGGUGCAGAAGGCGUAAGACCACUCGUCUGGGCCACUACCCGGUGCUGGAGGUCUUGGUGGUAACUGGAAUCACAGCCCUCCUCUCCUUCCCGAACAGUUACACCAGGAUGAGUGGGUCAGAACUGAUCUCAGAACUGUUUAAUGAUUGUUCUCUACUGGAUUCCUCACAGCUGUGUGACUACAACAGCUCUGAGAACAGGUCUGACUCUGGUGUGUUUAGUGCCAGCCUCACUGAUAGGGCGUUCAGUAACACACUCCCUGAUAGGCCAGCUGGACCAGGUGUGUACACAGCGCUAUGGCAACUGUCUCUGGCACUCUUCUUCAAGAUGCUGGUCACUGUGGUUACCUUCGGCAUGAAGGUCCCUUCCGGUCUCUUCAUCCCCAGUAUGGCUGUAGGGGCGAUAGCAGGCAGACUGCUGGGAGUUGCAAUGGAACAGAUGGCGUUGAACCAUCAUGACUGGCUCAUCGUCAAGGGCUGGUGCUCAUCAGGGGCGGACUGUAUCACACCAGGGCUCUACGCUAUGGUGGGGGCGGCUGCAUGUCUAGGUGGUGUCACCCGUAUGACCAUAUCGCUGGUGGUCAUCAUGUUUGAGCUGACGGGCGGUCUGGAGUACAUUGUUCCUCUGAUGGCUGCGAUCAUGACCUCUAAGUGGGUAGCGGAUGCGUUGGGGCGUGAGGGGAUCUACGAAGCCCACAUCAGACUCAACGGUUACCCCUUCCUGGAAACCAAAGAGGAGUAUGGGCACAAGACCCUGGCUCAGGAUGUGAUGCGCCCUCGGCAGUCGGACCCUCUCCUAGUCGUGCUCACUCAGGAGGGUAUGAGUGUAGGGGAGAUAGAAGGGGUGAUAGCAGACACUGACUACAGUGGCUUCCCUGUGGUGGUGUCACAGGAGUCUCAGAGACUAGUGGGUUUCGUACUGAGGAGGGACCUGGUCAUAUCUCUAGACAACGCCCGUAAGCGACAGGAGGGGGUGGUCAGUGCCUCGUUAGUGUUCUUCUUGGAACACGUGCCCCCCCAGCCCUUCUCCGGUCCCCCUGUCGUCAAACUACGAGGUAUCCUGGACCUUAGUCCCUUCACUGUGACAGACCACACCCCCAUGGCAAUAGCUGUGGACAUCUUCAGGAAGCUGGGACUCAGACAGUGUCUGGUUACACACAAUGGGAGGUUGCUGGGAAUCAUCACUAAGAAAGACAUUCUGAAGCACAUGGCUCAGAUGUCCAACAGAGACCCAGACUCUAUCCUCUUCAACUGAGACCCAGACUCUAUCCUCUUCAACUGAAACCCAGACUCUAUCCUCUUCAACUGAAACCCAGACUCUAUCCUCUUCAACUGAGACCCAGACUCUAUCCUCUUCAACUGAGACCCAGACUCUAUCCUCUUCAACUGAGACCCAGACUCUGUCCUCUUCAACUGAGACCCAGACUCUGUCCUCUUCAACUGAGACCCAGACUCUGUCCUCUUCAACUGAGACCCAGACUCUGUCCUCUUCAACUGAGACCCAGACUCUGCCCUCUUCAACUGAGACCCAGACUCUGCCCUCUUCAACUGAGACCCAGACUCUGCCCUCUUCAACUGAGACCCAGACUCUGCCCUCUUCAACUGAGACCCAGACUCUGCCCUCUUCAACUGAGACCCAGACUCUGCCCUCUUCAACGGAGACCCAGACUCUGCCCCCUUCAACGGAGACCCAGACUCUGCCCUCUUCAACGGAGACCCAGACUCUGCCCUCUUCAACGGAGACCCAGACUCUGCCCUCUUCAACGGAGACCCAGACUCUGCCCUCUUCAACGGAGAGGACAGUCUGGGUCAGACUCCUGCCCUCUAAAGAAGAGGGCUGGUGGGUACAGUAUUAUGGACACAUUUAUACAAAGAGGAUGGAAAAAUAGGAGAGAACACACUGAGAAGGAAAAUGACUGGGCGGCAGGAAUCCUAGCGGAUAAGAGUGUUGGACCAGAAAGGCCAACAGGUCGCUGUAGGAUCCAUCUGGAUCGCUGUAGGAUCCAUCUCCGGUAGUUAAAACUGAGUCUCCUCCAUGUUGUCUUGUCUCUGCUUGUUAGAUACAGAUGUCUGCCCAUUGUGUGUGUGUGUGUGUGUGUGCGCGCAGUGCAUAUCACUGAGAUAAAGCUAGAACACAAAAGGGAAACAUCGACGUGUAGAAUUCCUCCUAAAAUAGCCCCCAUUACCACAUGGGUGUGUUACCAUGACAACCCGGUUGUUCAUCACUUUGAUGUGCGACAGGCGUGGGAAGAGGUUGACGACACACGGGCUAUUAGAAUAGAAUGCUUUUAGCUACAGGAUAUUAGAGAGAGGGGGAUCCCAAGACGCUUCACAUGGAGAUCAGGUUACAGAGCUGCUCAAAGUCACACAUUCCUCAAACACCAGCACAUCAGACGACACGUGUCUGUGUGUGUGUUGGGUUCAGUGGUAGUCAGAGCAGGCCCCCUUGAUUCACGUUGAGUCACAUAGGGGUGGAUUGGCCUCUUUCAAGGUCUUUCUUUAGGCCCCUUUGUGUGUGUGUGUGUCCUAGGGAAUAUUUUACAGACAUGGGAAUUUGCCAAAAUGGACUCUCACGUUUCUGAGAGUUGUACAUAAACUAUAUUGCCUUUCCAAGUUUGAAGUUGUUGGUUUAAAUAGGACUUUGGGACUUUGAGUUUAAUCUCGUCUCUCUUUCUGAUUCUGAAAUAUUUUUUUAGGGAUCGUGAAUCUGUGUGUGUGUGAUGAGCUCAUGGGAAGCAUUGUGUUUAUAAUCAACAAUGGUGAUCAGAUUGUCAUAACCAUCUCCUUAUGUCUGUGUCCCAAAUGACACCCUACUCUCUCUAUAGUUCACUACUUUUGACCAGGGCUUAUAGUGGAUAGGGCAUCGUUUGGGACGCGUCCCAUUCAUAUGGCCCUGGAGGACCAAAUGACCAUCUUCAUAUUCCUCUUUUUAUUGCAGUGGGUUUUUUUCCCUGGUCUUCUCAUUUUUAUAGAAAUGUUGUCAUCCCAUCCGCCUAUCCACCCUCUCCAUUCUCUGUCCUUAGACAACCCCUCCCUCUUCUGUCCCCACAGUCUCGCUCUCUCACAUAUUCCAAAUAUGAUGUCACAAUGCUGCCUGUCGAGCCGCGUGAGGUGUAGUCUAGAAGGGAUACAGCUUUUGUCAAAAUUGACUUUUUCGCAGCAGGUUUACUAUAACUUACGCAGCGGAUCAGGAAAAAUAGGUUACAGUUAGGAGAAUUAGGUUACGGUUAGGAGAAUUAGGUUAAGGUUAGCUAAAAUGCUAAAGAAAAUCUACUUGAUGUCAAUUUGACAAAAGCUGUAUCCCGUCUAGACAUGACCGCCGCGUGACCUUUCUCUCUUGUCUUGUAACAGGAAGUGCAAUAAGGUGUGGUCUAGUUUGUGCCGGGCCCUGGCCAGUUUCUUUAUUUCUCCAUGCUGUAGGGACCACUUCCUAUGCUACUGCCAGCCUUUGUCUGCUAGUUGGGGUUUAAAAGCACUAUUGCUGAGACUACUUACAAUGAGCACCUCUGGCAGUUCCUAAGAAGCCGAUCAGAAAUGAAAUGAUUUGUCAUUCUGAACGUGGAAUGUUGUAUUGUUGCCAUACCCGAUGAGGGAUUCCCAUAUUUGUUCCCCUCCCAGAAUUCUAGAAGAGUCUAAAUUCCCCCUGAAGUCUGGGCAGUGGGCUCUGAGAGGCUGUGUGUGUGUGUGUGUGUGUGUGUGUGUGUGUGUUUUUCUCUGUCUGGCACCCAAUUGGUCUAUCCUGGCUGUUGUUGAUUAAUGUCUUACACCUCGCCACAGACAGGGGUUUUAGGGGGUGAGGAGGUGUGAAAGCUCAUUAGAAGCACAUUUCCUGACUGCCUCUUAGAGCAACACAGACCUGUAGACUGAUCACUAUGGAGGUAAUGCCAACACUGUUGAUACGACGACGACGACGGGGGGGGUGACAGGAUGGGAGGUUGUGAAAAGAGGGGGAUUUAAAGGAGGGAUUAGUCUUUGUUCACACUCCUGAGAAAAUACUGAACAAAGGAGAGAUGGAAAGUUGAGUCAAACAAGGCCCUGUAGCCUUCACUGUCACCCCAUCAUACCACACUUCAGGACAUGGACACGUAAUUACGCUGUUCAAUGUCUUACAUGUAAUUGAUAUGCCUUGAUUCAACUUUGUGGCUCAUGUAAAUUGUCACUUGGAGAUCAGAAUUCCUCAAGCUCAGUUGAAGUUGGCUGUUAUACGGAACAAUACCAAGAAUUUACCAAAAUACUUGGCAGUAAGUGUAGGAACUAUUUUUUUGUCUAUGUUCUAGAACUGUCUAAAUACUCCGAGGAUUCUAUUUGACCCCUCCCUAGAUGACUACACGGUGAAACCAUGCACAAUAUACUAGAAGACCAUCUGGCUUAAGGACAAUCAAUCCUUUUUUCUAAAGGGCGAGUCCAUUCUGUGUGACCUAUUUCUAUGUCUGUUGCUCUGUGUGUAAUAUAGAUGAGUCCAUUCGGUGUGUGUGCGCUCUGUCCAGAUGUGUGUCAUAUAGAUGGUGGUAUUUGUUAUUGACUCUCUUAGACAGGGUUGGUAUGAAAGGAGAGGUACACACUCUGGCUCUCUCUCUUUUUCCUAUCCUUGCAGGGACCAAAUAAUUGACUCUCAUUCAAAAUUCUAUUUUCCAUAACCCCUGAGCCUAAAAUAGUAUUUUUCCUUGUGUGGACUUCUGGUCCCCACAAGGAUAAUAACACCAAAGCACACCACUCUUUAUUUACCCUUCAGAGAGGUCAGGGGGUUAGAUCCAACAAUUACAUUAAGGAAAACUCUUGAUGUACAAGACUGUGGACCAAAGAGAGCCCACCCUGGGUCUCGUCCAUCCCAUCAAUCACUAGGGGCGGGCCCAAAUCCCCAAGACACACAUUUUCCCCAGAAACCCAAAAGGUUUCUACAGAAUGAAGACAAAUACGCAUGAACAUUUAUCAAAGCACUCUGCUAAGAGCUUACAUUACAUACAUGUUAUAUGAACGAUGAUGUGUAUGUUUUAACACUCUGCUAAGAGCUUACAUUACAUACAUGUUAUAUGAACGAUGAUGUGUAUGUUUUAACACUCUGCUAAGAGCUUACAUUACAUACAUGUUAUAUGAUUGAUGGUCUGUAUUGUUUAGUUGUUCACAUGAUGUAUAUGUACCAGUUUGUUUAAAUUAUUGUAUGAUUAUUUAUUUUUGCACAGAAGGAAAUGUAUGUUUCAUAAUGAUUGUAAUGUAAUGGGGUUUGUGAUCUAAAUAUAUUGUCAGCUAAAUUGAUUAAAUCUAAAUUAUGCAUUCA